UUAUAUUCCGUUUCAAAUUUCUGCAGAAUUUCAACUCGAAUCGGCAUUGAUCUUUGGCGCAGACAACCAGAAAUCGGAAAACCUAACAAUGGGAAACCCGCACAUCGUAUCGGUGCCCUUCCCCUCCCAAGGCCAUGUGAACCCUGUGAUGCACAUCUCUCAAAAGCUUGCCAAAAAUGGCGUCACCGUCACAGUCGUCAACGCCGAUUUCAUCCACACUAAAGUCGUGGCUUCCUUGGGCGAUUUCAAGGACACAAUCCUCAGCUCUCAUCUCCAGUUGGUCUCCCUCCCGGACGGCUUCGGCCCCGACGAAAACAGGUACUCUGUUGACAAGCUUUUUUACCGAUUGAUGGCAGCGCUGCGCUCCCAGCUUCGGCAGCUGUUGAGUCAAUUCGACAAACACAAUGCCUGCGUGCUGGUCGAUCUCAACAUGGCUUGGGUCCUCGAACUCGCCCAUGAUUUGGGCAUUAGGGGCGUCGUCUUUUCUUCCUUUUCCGCCGCUUAUUGCGCCAUCAAUUUCAGCAUCCCCAAAUUCAUCCAAGAUGGGAUCAUAGACGCCCAAGGGGUCCCCAUGAAGCAGCAGAAGGUUCAGCUGAGACCAGGGAUGCCGCUAAUGGACACUGUAGAUCUGCCAUGGAGGUGUCUUGGGUAUGAGGAGGCAGAUACGAAGAAGGUAUUUGAGUAUUUAGUGGAACAGGGGAGAGGGUUUGAAUUGGCAGAGUGGUAUCUUUUCAACACAGCUUACGAUCUGGAGCCUGAGGCAGUGUCAUUGAGUCCAAAGAUUCUUUCAGUAGGGCCAUUGGCAGCGAGCCAAGCGGGCCAGUUUUGGAAAGAAGAUGACUCCUGCCUCGCUUGGCUGGAUCAGCACCCACCAAAAUCCGUUUUGUUCCUAGGAUUAUGA